GUUUACCACCACCGCCACCUUGUAUACCUGCUCAAAGAGAACCCUGUCAACCGAUUCCGAUGGAGCUUUGUCCAGCAGCAGAUGAAACAACGAGGGACGAAAACAUCGAUUGUCCAUAUAUUCCAAAAAGGAACGUUGUCACACAGGCUUACACAGAAGUGGCGGAAACAAGCACGACCACUGGAUCGAGAAAACCAUCGAGCGCCGGGAAACAGAAAUAGUUUUGUUGCCGGAGAAAUGAGUCAUUAUGAACAAGACAAAGAUAAUGACAAUGUGGGAAAGAAACAAAGUAAUCCCGUAUCUGAAAGGGUUUCGUUUAUAAUGAAGGAAAAAGUCAAUGACAAAACAUUCAGAACUUCCGCAACAUCUCUCAAAUCAGAGAAUGGCGACGUUAAUUACGAAAUAAAAAAGAGAAAGAAAAAAAUGUCACUUAUUUUCAACGACGAUAUCGAAUUUGAUGACAAUUUGGAUACAAUAUAUAAAAGUGAUGAAAACCUUUAUACCGAAGAUGCCAGUGUUAUGCAUUACGCAGAAGUUUCUCAAGAAAAAUUCUACUUAGAUGAUGAUUCCCAUAAAAAUUUAAACCAAAAAGAAUAUUUUGAUAUUUUUAGGGAGAAUGUUUCGAAUGCGAAUGUUACUUUUAACGGUCAUAAUAAUCGGGCGAAUUUAUGUAAAAAUGAAAUUUGUAAGGUGAAGACUAGCUGUCGCAAGUCCAACAGUUGUGGAAGAAGAAGUUGCAGUUUUAAAGACGCAAAUAAUUUCUUGAUUAAGGAGACUGUAGAGAACACAAGUCAAACUGGACACUCCGAUACUACAAAGAAACAUUGUGCCAAAGCAUCGGAUAAUACCUGUCUCAAAUAUUUUCCGAAAGAGUUGAAGCACAUUGGCGAUUCCAGCGUACAGACGUUGCCAUUUCGCGAGGAUAAAGGCAUAAGCCCAAUUGAAGAUAUGACAGAAAUGAUUAAAAAACAAAUUAUAGAUACAGACAUUUUGAUUGAAUCUGAAAAAUCUAAAAAAGAUCGAAAUACUAUAUAUUUUCACGAAUUGUUCCCAAAUGAUAAGAAAAGCGUCACGGACAACGAAACAUCAACUGAAUAUGAAAAACCUUAUAAAAUUAAUUUAGCCUCAAGAUCUAUCGAUGACUUGACAAUAAGGAUUUGUAAACAAUAUGUAGAUUAUGACACAUUAUCUAAAUUUGUUGAAUUCAAAGGAUUGAAAAGACAUAAAGGCACAAAUUCUACUGAAAAAAUAGGACGAAAGAUUUGCCAGUGCUUUAAGAAAAACGCAAAUCCAACAGAAUCUGCUACCUCAACUUCAAUUGAAGCUACAACUGAAACUUCGGUUGAGGUUACAACUGAGACUGAAACAUUUGAAAAAGAUGAAGGCACAGCAAUCAUUUGUGAAGAUGUUCCUAAGCCUGAAGAGAUUAUCGAAGACGAUGAAGAAACACUUGAAGAAGAAAAAAAAGAGGAAGAAGACGUGCCUCAGGAAGUCGAGCAAAGCUAUACUACUACCGUAACUUGCCCAGUAUCUGGAAAGUCAUGUGAAAUAACUAAGAAUACAAAUUCAGAUUUUCUAUCACGGGAUACUCGUAUUAUAACUUGUCAUUUAACCGGAAAGACAUUUGAAAUAGAUGAAAAAAUGUAUGAAGAAAAAUAUCAAUCCGAAAUUGCAAUUGACGACAUCCGCUUAAAAGGUAACGAAAAGGCUACAAACACACGUGAAAUAAAUCGGAAGACAUUUGAAGGUCAAGUUAUAAAGUCAGAUUCUCCAUCCCAGGCUUCUCGCAUGAUAGCUGAACAGAAAUUUGAUAUAACUCGAGAAACAUAUGAAGUAAAAGAUCAGAUCACAAAUGUUAUUGACGAUUUAUAUGUGGAGGAUAAUCAAAAGUCUACAAUCACCGUAACUAGUCCAGUUUCUGGAAAAUUUUGUCAAACGUCUUCAGGUAGAAUGGAUCAAGGUACAGAAGUAAUAGACGACGGCUUAUCAAAAAAGAAUAAUCGAUGGCCUUGUUCUAUUUAUCGAAGGACAUUUCAAAUGAAGCAAAAGAAGGGUGAAGUAUCCAGCAACAUAGAAACUUCAACUGAAAUUGAAAUACUGCCUAAAAAAGAUAAGUGCACGAUGUACUAUGGCAAAAGAUUACAGGAAAAUUUCGGAAUGCAAACAUCCUUGGUCAUAAAAAAUAAUAUCGGCAUUAAUUGUAUCAACGAUUGGAAGCCGAAAAGUCGCCAAUGCAUUUUGAACCUCACGGGCUCUCUUCAGUCGGCCGUUGCACAGAGGGAUUUGAUGGAUCGAAGUUCGAAAAUGUGCCAUCCGCAUAAAAAUUGUUUAUAUCGUCAACAUUGUUCGAUUUAUUCAAGUCAACUACGCCUAUCGAAGAAAUAUUAAUUGGGACAACUAAAACAAAAUAUGCAGUGAAACUAGCCUAACAACUAACAAUGGAAUGUCAAUUAAACGUCAGAUCAAAUAAAAACACUGUCAUUACCUUUGAA